GAUCUCGUCUUCGCCAGGAGGACUUUCCACCUCGAAUUGUAGAGCAUCCGUCAGAUGUAAUCGUUUCUAAAGGAGAGCCAACGACUCUGAACUGCAAAGCUGAAGGAAGGCCAACUCCCACUAUUGAGUGGUAUAAAGAUGGAGAGCGUGUGGAGACUGACAAAGAUGAUCCCCGCUCACACCGCAUGCUGCUCCCUAGUGGAUCUUUAUUUUUCUUACGAAUCGUACAUGGACGCAGGAGUAAACCAGAUGAAGGAAGUUAUGUAUGUGUUGCAAGGAACUAUCUAGGAGAAGCUGUGAGUCGUAAUGCUUCGCUGGAAGUAGCAC